AUGGCGCCUCUUAAAAUUGUUUCACUCGCCGCUGCCUCUGCGCUCCUGAUGGCCCGCGUAGCACAAGGAGAUGGACAGCAAGGCGGAGGCCUAGAGGAGGAAGCAUCGCCAACCUACACAGUAGAGCUUGGUGAACCCAACGUGUGCCUUGAGGAGAUCAACGCUGCUCGCGAAGGCGCUGGACUAGAACACUUCUCGAUGGAAGAGGAAGGCUUAAAAACGUGGCCUAAAACUGGCUCAGAAAAAAGUGGACAACAAGCAAAGCCAUGGGAUCCUGUUUGCGCUGCCCUGAUAAAACAGAGGCGGACUGCGCUGCCGCAGUGA